CAGAUAAAAUUACACGGGACUCCUGUGUCAAACUUCGAACUUCUUUCGUUUUACGGUUCCUUGGUUCUUAAAAAAUCAGGGGUUUUAGGUAUUUUAUCUCAAUUUAAGAGUUACCCUGUGUCACUAAACAAUAAUGUAGUUUAAGAAACAUUCUUAGCUCUUCUCCGAAUUGGGGCUUGCAGCCGAAAUGAUGUUCGCGACCCGUUAGAGACGACGAUAAGGGCAGAGUAAUCCGAAGGACAGACAAAGCGAUAUUAUGUUGAAGGAGAGGGAGAAUUUCAUCCAGCUCAUUCUUCUCCUCUGGGGCCCUGGUAAUCAAGUACUCAGGAAGGAAUUCAAGAAAAGGUGGCAGAACAAACAAGGGUCUACCUGGAAUGAUGACCCUGUCUCUGGAAAUCUGCUUCUUUCUGCUGGUGGUCUCAAACUUAAAUUCCAUGAAAAGACAAAGGCACAAGAUGGGGAUAUUGAGAAAUGGGAUCUAUCUCUUUUAACUACAGUCAUGAUGUUUUCCAAGGUUGGGUUUACAGCUCCUGGAUCCUCUGAAUAUUUGGAGCUAAAAAAUCUAAAAGAUGUGAGAGAUAAUUUAGUUGGGCAUUCUGCAGAUGCACACAUUGGUGAGGCUGAGUUCAACAAGAACUGGAAUAAGACAUGCACUGCUUUAAAAGCAUUUGGUCUCGUUCAGAAGGACAUUGAUGAUGUGUUGAAGGAAAUGAAGAAGCCAUGGGAAGAUCUGUUGCCAAUUAUGAAGGAAAUUCUCAAACAAGAGGAGGAAAACAUAUUAAGUGCUAUCACAAAAGUCUCCAUAGAUCUCCGCUCUGAACAUAAAGAGAUCUUACAAGCAGUAAAAGAUAACAAGACUGAAUUGCAAGAGCUCAAACAGCUUGUCAAGUCUCAAAAGAAGAGUGGUACUGAAAGAAGACCAAGUCUCAUGGACAAUUUGCAAAUAGCACAGUUAUUAAGUUUCCCACAAGCUCUCUCCAAACUAGUCUUAUCUACAAGGCAACAGCAGAAUGCAACAAGCCAAGAACUCAUAAGGGGUGUUCAGUUCACUGGGCAAAGCAAUGAGCCACUGCCAGACAGACAACUGCGCAGAAGACGUGACUCAAGUUCGGCAAGGGAGAUAUCAAGCCAAGAAAUCAUCAGGGAUGUUGAGAUUGACAGGGAGAAUAAUAGGCCACUGCCAGAUCAACAAUCGCGAAGAAGACACAACAGAGCUUUGAUAAGACAGGAGAGAGUGGAUGUGGCAAAUGGCUCUCUUUGGGCAAUGUUUAUUGCAUUUUACUAUUUUUGCAUUAGCUCACUGAGAAUGCUCUGGCCAGAACUGAGAUCAUUGCCAGAGUAUUUAAGACAGCAUUACUCUAAUGCUCCCUGGUACGAUAAUAAUGAUACUCUCUUGGUGAAAAUGCGCAUAAAGAGAAAGCGUCAGGGAGGAGAGGAAAUUUUCCCUGUGGAUGAGAUGUUUACAAAAGAUGGUAAAACAUACGACAAGAGAGUUCUAGUGGAAGGAGGGCCGGGUUCGGGCAAGACCACAAUGUGCCAAAGGCUAGUUCAAGAGUGGUGUGAUAAUGAACUUCCGAAAUACUUUCCUCAAAUCAAGUUUGUUUUUCAUCUCAAGGGCCGAGACAUAAGGAGCGCCAGUGUUUUAGACACGAUCAAAGCUAACCUGCAUUUAGAUACCUCAGCAAAUUGGAGAGAAAGGAAAGCAUGGAUGGAUGAGAUCAUAAGCAUGCAGGAACAUGUCUUGAUUAUUUUAGAUGCUUAUGACGAGAUUUUCCCCCCGGAGAUCUAUGGCAUAGAUAGUGAGUGGGAUGAUCUUGUUUCUGGGAAGCUUCUCCCUAAGUGUUACCUCGUUGUAACUUCUAGGGAACACCAGGAUCUUGUUAGAGUGCGUAGACAUUUAGACAAUGUGGUAGAGCUGGUUCCACCAGAAUUGCACGAUUUCAUUUACCGUUUUUUUCCAGGAGAUAGGGUCUUUGCCGACGAGCUCGUAAACCUGGUAACAAGUCUACCUACCUUACGGAAUUAUAUAGGCAGUUCUAUCUUACCAAUGGUAUCAUUCUUUCAUUUUUGUAAAACUCGCAGAUCUAUCUUGAAGCUACCCAUUAACUUGUUUAACUUUUACCAUGAAUUCCUGAGCGGUGGAAAACGAGAUGGAUUCCACGAAGCUCUAGGAGAGAUUGCAUUUAAUGCCCGACGGAAUGACCUCGUAUUUGACGAGUCCAAGUUGGGUCCUGCCCUCCGCACUCGCGCUGAAUCCUCCAAGUUUCUAAAUAAGCUGAGUUCAAGCUGUGACACAGAAAGGCACGCACAGUACAAGUUUAGCCACAUUUCCAUAUUGUGGUACUUUGUUGCAUCUCAUUUUAUUGAGUGCGUAUCAAAGAGAAACUACGCAAAGCUUGGAAAUACGAUAGACGCCCGUGUAUUCCGAAUUCUCGAUGAAUUUGACGUUCUUUCCGAGAUGCGGCUAUCAGCAGACGACACGAUAGUAGCAGCACAGAACCUCAUCUCGCGAACCAGUGGUGAUUUUAGCUUCAUCUUCGCGCUAGUCGAUUGUCUUCGAAGUGAAUUCGAUGUCAAGAGAGUGGCAAACGAGCUAAGAGUAUGUUUACCAAGCCAUCUUACGAUUGAUCUUAGCAAGGAGAGAACUCUUCUAGGUUUUUACUCUACUAUUUUUACUCCCAUCCCUCUUGAUAAUAGCCAAGAGCAGAUAUUGAACAUUAACCAGGCCUCUAUUGUUGGACUUCCUACUCAAAAUAACCUAUGGAGAGCUUUUGACCUAUUUACUAAGCUGAAAACCACCAUAACGGUUCUUCAAUUUGAGAGAUGCAAACCUGUGGAUAUGGGAUAUGUGUUGCGUGCCUUUAUCAGCUCAGACUGCCUUGAACAACUCUACGUAUAUGGUACAUCCGACAAGAGUGUGGAAAGCUUACUUAGAUGUAUUAUACAGCUAAAAUCAUUGCAUAGACUUCAUCUUGAUAGUGUCAAGCUCCCUGACGUUAAAACUACACUAGCCAAGGGAAUUCUAGGCAAUCUUUCAUCUCUCGAGAUCCCAAAUUGUGGAGUCGGCCCGAAUGGUUGUCUCCACUUGGCUAGAGUCAUCGAAAGCAAUCGCACUCUAACGGAUCUUGACAUUUCUUCCAACGGAAUAGGCAGACAAGGCGCGCUUUCCAUUACUCGGAUGCUAGAGAAAAACAAACAACUCAAGCACCUUUGUUUGGCGAGUAACGACAUAAGAGAGGAGGACUGCACACAAAUAGCAAGUGCUUUAGUCUCUGUGAACAAAACUCUAGAGAAACUGGACAUCAGCAACAACAGCAUUGGUGAUCAGGGCGCUUACUCUCUUGCUUAUGACGUCAUUGCACACAGCCAAAACCUGCAUUCCCUGAAAGUAUCGAACUGCGGCCUCUCGCAAUAUGGUAUGCAAUGCUUGUUGACAGCCAUGUCGGACAGUGUCAUUUUGCUUAGCAUGGAAGCUGUUGGCCACUUGGUAAAUGUCGAAGAUAUAGUUCGUCUUCUCAGACGUCGCCGCGACUUGCAGCUGCUGAUGUUGUCAGUGGAUGAGGACAGCAGAAGUCGUGUGAUGAGUGUCGAUGCGUCAGGCGGAUAUUUGAUGUCCGUAGAGGGGAACGUGCUCACUGUGCGGUCAGGCGUGUGAGUAUGCCAACAGAUAAUCUAGAAAUAUCUAAGUCGUACCAAAACCUUCCUAAGGUCACCGAUCAUCGAGUUCAAAAAAUAAAUUCUUAAAAAUCGAUUCGGGAAUAGUUCCAUCCAUAUCCCAUCCUACACCGGUGUCAGUGUCUUCGUACUUUCCAAAAUGUAGCAGAUCUGGCAGAUAAAAAAGUUGCAAGAAUGAAGUAUCGACACAAAAAAUAGAGACAAACUCGAUAUUUUCACAAAGUGAGCUAGCUUCUAGGGAAGAAAAGCACUUAGAAGAAAAAGACUUAGACAUUUAAACCCUACCUUAGUUUAUUUGAAGAAUUGGAGGAGCCUGAAUAUAUAACUCAUAGAUAACAAUUUUCGUGAAUUCGAAUGUUCUUAAAAAUCCUUCACUGACGCGGGUGGGAAGCUUGUGUCGACACCGAUGAUACUAUUUAUGUAGUCUUAUUUUUUUUACCAGGCCUUUUUUUUUGUAAAUACGCUUGGACAAGAGAUCAACUCUGUGCUUUUCCAACAGCCUCACUCUUUUGGCUCAUUUUAUUAAAAACGUAUCCAAUUCCCCCCAUUCCCUCUGGAAUUGGAUUCCGUGCAUUUUCUUUCAUGUUGGGUUACCACAUGGAUUGUUGUCUGGUCCUAGCGUAUACAGCAAGCUUAGCCGUUGUGUUCUUUGUACUUGCGUGUCGUCAAUCUUGAAUAACACAUGUAAAAAGUCUUGAUCGCGGCUGGUCCCUAACAAUAUUAUCUUUUUUAUUUUAUUAAUAAAAUAAUUUCUUAAUAAAA